AUGAAUGGAACAGAGGGCCCAAAUUUCUAUGUGCCCAUGUCCAACAAGACUGGGAUAGUACGGAAUCCAUUCGAGUAUCCUCAGUACUACCUAGCUGAGCCAUGGAAGUUCUCUGCACUAUCUGCUUACAUGUUUCUGCUGAUUCUCCUUGGCUUCCCUGUCAAUUUCUUGACUCUGUACGUCACCAUUCAGCACAAGAAACUCCGGACCCCCCUCAACUACAUCCUUUUGAACCUGGCUUUUGCUAACCUCUUCAUGGUCUUUGGAGGAUUCACCACCACCAUGUACACCUCAAUGAAUGGUUAUUUUAUCUUUGGGACAACGGGCUGCAAUAUCGAAGGCUUCUUUGCUACAUUGGGUGGUGAAAUAGCUCUGUGGUCCCUAGUAGUCUUGGCCAUUGAAAGAUAUGUGGUCGUCUGCAAGCCCAUGAGCAACUUUCGAUUUAGUGAGAGCCAUGCCUUCAUGGGUGUCAUUUUAACCUGGGUCAUGGCCCUGGCCUGUGCUGCUCCUCCACUGUUUGGAUGGUCUAGGUACAUCCCAGAGGGUAUGCAGUGCUCAUGUGGAAUUGAUUAUUAUACUCUGAAGCCUGAGGUUCACAAUGAAUCUUUUGUCAUCUACAUGUUUGUGGUUCACUUCCUUAUUCCACUGAUCAUCAUUUCCUUCUGUUAUGGGCGCCUGGUCUGCACUGUGAAAGAGGCUGCAGCUCAGCAACAGGAGUCUGCCACCACCCAGAAAGCUGAGAGAGAAGUUACUCGCAUGGUCAUCAUCAUGGUGAUUUCGUUCCUUGUUUGCUGGGUCCCAUAUGCCAGUGUUGCUUUCUACAUCUUCACCCACCAGGGAUCUGACUUUGGCCCUGUCUUCAUGACUGUCCCAGCUUUCUUUGCCAAGAGCUCUGCUAUCUACAACCCAGUGAUUUACAUUGUAAUGAACAAACAGUUCCGUAACUGCAUGAUCACCACCCUUUGCUGUGGAAAGAACUUGCUGGGUGAUGAUGACGCUUCUGCUGGCACCAAGACAGAGACUUCCACAGUCUCCACCAGCCAGGUUUCUCCUGCAUAGAUUGCUCCUGAAAGCAGCUGAUCUCAGAGCUGCCAUGCCUUGUCCCAUUUACAUGAAUGUAGUCAUGUCCACCACCACCACCACCACCGCCGCCUGCAUGAGAGUCACAGUUAGCCAGCAGGAUGGACCUUUCAGUUCUGAUCAUAGAAACCCUUUGAACAAGGCUGUACAUAUUUUUUUUAUUACAUACUAAGGACUAGCUCCUGAGCUGGUGUAAAUGUGUGUGUAUAUCCAGUGACUUGUAUAGAGUUAUGCCCAUUCGCACCGGGCCACGAUCCUUAGCUUCAUACAGAGGAAGGGAUGUUCUCUUGUCACAGAAUGGAGAAGAUUAGUGACACCGCAGCCCUGUGGAUUCAUCCUGACUAUGGCGUCUGUUCUGGAUGCGAACCACAGGAGUCAUGGUUAGGAAAGCCAAUCAAAAAGAGCCAAGACACA